UAACAAAUAAUUUGAGAUCAUGGCUUCUCAAAGAAAAGGGUUUGACUAUCUAUUCAAACUGUUGCUCAUUGGUGACAGUGGUGUGGGUAAAACCUGCAUCUUGUUUCGAUUCUCAGAUGACGCAUUCAACUCCACCUUUAUAUCCACCAUAGGAAUUGAUUUCAAAAUCAAAACGAUUGAGCUUCAUGGAAAGAAAAUAAAACUUCAAAUAUGGGACACAGCAGGACAAGAACGAUUUCAGACAAUUACAACAAGCUACUACAGAGGAGCCAUGGGGAUAAUGCUAGUUUACGACAUUACACAAAGUUCAUCGUUUGGGAAUAUCAACAAAUGGUUACGGAACAUUGAGGACCACGCUACGGAUAAUGUCGCUAAGUUGAUACUGGGUAACAAGUGUGAUAUGGAGGCAAGGAGAGUAGUUCCUACCGAGCAGGGUGAACAGUUGGCGAAAAGUAAAGGACUUAAGUUUUUGGAAACGAGCGCCAAAGCCAACAUUAACAUCGACAAAGCCUUUACUAUGAUUGCAGAAGAUAUUUUACAAAAGACGCCGAACCCAUCCCUCCGACCAGUUGAUCCGAUUAUUCAGCCGGGUGAAUCGCAUAGCUCGUCGGGAUGUUCUUGUUGAUUUCUUUGGAGGCGGGGUCAAAGUUUUGUACGUUUUUACACACCGAUCUGGAAAAUGAAUAGAUUGUCGCCUACGUUAUCACGUGAUCUCAUUAUCACGUGAUCUCAUUAUCACGUGAUCUCAUAAUUGUCACGUGAUCCUGGUGUGAUCUCCUCACAGUUCCUUCAACUCCGGAUCGUGCCCUACCUGAAACUGUCGCAUGUCAACUUUGUUAAACUUUAAUAUAUCUCUACGUCGGACAUCCUGUUUAUAUCGUCCCUUUUUUCAAACUCUGUAAGACUAAUUAUAAUUAAUUAUAAUUGUUUGAGAGAAUCAUCUGCAGCGUCCCAAACAUAAGGGAUUAGGUUUAAUUAGUCAAUUUAGUCUCGUUCAGGGAAGUGACAUAAUCAGUGUUUAGUAUUAAGAUUCCACCAAACUCCCUGAGUCACUGUGUACUUUUGAACGGUCAAUCGGGAUCGUUAUCAGUUCAGUGUGAUAAUAAUACAAAUUAUUGCUGUUAAUGCUGUACCAUCUGACCAGGGAGUGAGAUGUCGUUGUAAAAUCAAAACACUGGUCGUCACAUUCCAACCUUCUAGUCUGUUCGUAGUCUAACUUACAUUCUUUAUUAGAAAAGUUCUGUGCUAAAGUUAAACUUUGUAAAUUUGGAGUUAGUUGUUCCGGUGGACUAAUGAUGUUUAGUUUUUUUGCUUAAAUUGCACUGUGAAUAGCUACUGAAUAGUGAAAUUGCUGAACGGUAAAAUUGUUGAAUAGUGAAAUUGCUGAAUAGUGAAAUUGCUGAAUAGUGAAAUUGUGAUUUAUCGGUAAGUGUUGUGCUUGGGAUUUAGCAAAAAACAAUGAUAUAUAAACCUUUUUAUUUUGAUUUUGUAUUGUUGUAAUAGUCAAAAAGUUAGUUGAUGUCUAGAUACCUGUGAUGAUGAUGAUGAUAAUAUCUCGGCCAAUCUACUAGACGUCCUCUCUGAAUUUGUUUAUAGACUCAUUAUAGUAGAUGCUAUAUUUGUGAGUUCGAAGCAGGAUUAUAUUACGGUCGUCCGUUAAAGGACGGAUGAGUGUUGAUUAUAAUAAUAAUCGUUGUUAUUUUUUCAUAAAAUUGCUCAUAAAUAGCGCUCUUUUCUUUUUUGCGAUAACACAAAAUAUCAAGAUGAAGUGAAAGUACUUUAUAGUUUUUCAAAUGACGUGACAAAUAUAUAAUAUAUGUUGUUUUUGAUUUGAAAAUUGAGAAUUUGGCUAAUCUUCAUCCUUACGAUUUAUCCCAUUUAUAAUUCCAAUUUCACAUACAAUCAUUUUCAAGAGAAA